AUGGAGUCUGAGAAGAAGUCCCAGAUAGGGACCGAUACUAAGACGGCUCCACUUCUUCCAACAGAUAACUUGCCAAAGAGUUUUGAUUGGAGGGAGCAUGGUGCAAUGACCCCUGUGAAGAACCAGGGAAGUUGUGGCUCUUGCUGGACUUUUAGCAGCACAGGAGCAGUGGAAGGUGCCCACUUUCUAAAGUCUAGAGAGCUUAUUAGCCUGAGGGAGGAGCAGCUGGUUGACUGUGAUCGCAUGGAUGGUGGCUGCAAAGGUGGUGACAUGUUAAAUGCCUACGAGUAUAUCAAAGCCAAGGGUCUUGAAGCUGAGGAAGAUUAUCCUUACCAAGAAGAAAACUACAAGGAGUAUAUGUUUCCCCAUCACCGAUGCCACUUCCGCCCAAGCAAGGUGGCUGCCACCAUUGCAAACUACUCGACAGUGUCUGAGGAUGAGGACCAGAUUGCUGCAAAUCUCGUGAAAAAUGGGCCUCUUUCGAUUGCGCUCAAUGCCAAUUACAUAAUGGAUUAUAUGGGUGGAGUAGCUUGCCCUCGCAUUUGCCCGGGUGGGGACAACAUGAACCAUGCGGUGCUCCUUGUUGGCUAUGGCAUGGAUGGUGAUAAGCCCUACUGGAUCCUCAAGAAUUCUUGGAGCGAGAACUAUGGUGAAGAUGGUUAUUUUAGGUUGUGUCGAGGGUUUGGUGUCUGUGGCAUGAACACCAGAGUCUCUACUGUUUCUGCAUAG